ACCAUUGCUUUGCAAUGGCUUCCACGGACGCGAACGACGAUCCGUAUUCGCAUGUUGCAAAAGGAGCUCUAAAAUUGAAAAACGAUCAGACAGUAAGCAAAAAAAAUUCUGUUGUCAGGAAAAAAGACAAAGAUGGAAAGAAAAAGAAGCUAGUGGAAGUUUCAAAGAUUAUCGAUGAAGACAAGUCACAAAAGGUAGAGCUAAAACGGACUAAAGCAGAGUUAGCAUUUCAGAAAAUGCAAGAGAAAAUGCAAACCGAAAGAAUCAAGCAGAAAGCCUCGAAGACACACAAACAACGUGUAGAGGAAUUUAAUCGACAUUUGGAUAGUUUAACUGAACACUUUGAUAUACCUAAAGUGAGCUGGACGAAAUAAAUUUUUGCAAACUUUGUUAUUUCUUACAAUUUAUAUAUGUAUACAUACAUAUGUAUGUACAUGCAUAUCUUAUAAACAUCUCCAUUUUAAAGUUAAACAUUGAGUUUUAUUUAUAUAAAAAUUUAUAUCUUAAUUGUGUUACAUAUAAUGUGUCAAAUUAUUCUUUUCUUAUCCUAUAAACACUGU